AUGGAGCAAAAUCUACCAAAAGACGAUUUUAGCAGCAAAAAGAACAAGGACAUUCUUGGUUCCAGUGAAACCAAGUUAGGACAAACUGGAUCCAAUAUUUCAUCCAACGACCCUCAAUACAUGAUGGGUGUUGGUGGAGGUGAAAAUAUUGGACAAAACAGAGAAGGUUACGAUCAACCUUCAAAUCUUCCAGGUGGUGUUGGAAAAGAUGAUAUUCACAAGUACAGCAAUGACACCACUCCAUUGGAUAGAACUUCGAAAGUUUAA